AAGUUGGUUUGUACGCUUUUGCGUUGACUGGCAUUGGCUGAGUGUGCUGGAUGAAUCUACCCCCCCCCCAGCCGGCUCCUUCCCUAAACGCGUCGGUGCCCAUCACGGUGAAGAGCCCAUCAGCGUGGACCACAUCUCAGAGCUGCAGCGGAGCUCCGGUCUGGACGCGGGCCAAGCCUGUCUGGUGUCAAACCAGCCUGAACAGAUACUCUCAGACGUCUCCUUUUUUCACCUCAUUCCUGAGACAGGACUCUGCCCACCCCUUAUGUAAAGCAAUUUAAACCUGAUAGCACAUCAUCUCCACUGAAAAUAUUUGCUGGACUAUUAGACAGUCGCGCUGUAUUUUUUAUUCCCAAAUACGCACUUUCCCACCGUGCACAGCCCGAGCCGGUCAUGGCUUUAACGUGCAAAUCGCCUUCAUCCGGCUGUCGGGGAUAACAUCUUUUUAAUUCAAGCUUGAUUUGCAGAUUCAACAAGUCCCGACUUCUCUAAUGUUUUAUAGUUUUCUUUUAUCCGUGGAAAUGCUCCGUCCAGAUCCAUAAAGGACCGAAGUUCAAUUUAAUAUGAACUUAUUGCCAAGUGGAAUAUGUUUUUAUUUAUCUGUAGCAAUCUGCUGGCUGACGGCCGAGGUCGAUGCGUCCUGGUGGUACAUGGGCACCCUGGGUUCCCAGGUGAUGUGUGACAACAUCCCUGGACUUGUGAACAAGCAGCGCCAGCUGUGCCGCCAGCACCCCAAAGUGAUGCAGGCCAUCGGGGCCGGGAUGAAGGAAUGGCUCUCAGAGUGCCAGCACCAAUUCCGAAACCACCGCUGGAACUGCAACACCACGGCCAGGGACCACAACCUGUUCGGACGCCUGCUGCUACGCAGCAGCCGCGAAGUAGCCUUCAUGUACGCCAUCUCCUCGGCCGGUGUGGUUUACACGCUGGCUCGAGCCUGCAGCCAAGGUGAGCUGGACUCCUGCUCCUGCGAUCCCACAAAGAAGGGCUCGUCGCAGGACGCCAAAGGCUCUUUUGACUGGGGCGGCUGCAGUGACCACGUGGAGCACGCCAUGCGCUUCAGCCAGAGCUUUGUGGACGCCAAGGAGAAGAAAGAGAGGGACGCCCGGGCGCUCAUGAACUUGCACAACAACCGCGCUGGCAGGAAGGCGGUGAAGCGCUUCAUGACUCUGGAGUGUAAAUGUCACGGCGUUAGCGGGUCGUGCAGUGUUCGGACCUGCUGGCUGGCAAUGGCCGACUUCAGACGCACCGGCGACCACCUUCGCAAGAGGUAUAACGGCGCAGUGCAGGUGGCCGUCAACCAGUACGGAACUGGGUUUACAGUCGCGCACACACACUUCAAACGACCCAGCAAGAAUGACCUGGUGUACUUCGAGGACUCGCCGGACUACUGCAUACGGGACCACGAGUCAGGGUCGGUGGGGACAGGAGGACGUCUCUGUAACCGGACGUCCCGCGGAGUGGACGGCUGCGAGGUGAUGUGCUGCGGUCGAGGCUACGACACGUCGCGGGUCAGCCGGACCACCAAGUGCGAGUGCAAGUUCCACUGGUGCUGCGCCGUGCACUGCCGCGACUGCCACCAGCAGGUCGACGUGCACACCUGUAAGGGCCAGACGUGACGCCGCCACAGAACAAUGCUGACCGCUCCCAUUCAACCAGCAGCCGUACUGUUAUCCUCAAGCUGUAAGAGACAAUCAAAAAGGACGUUCCGACUCCACGAGCCUUCACUAAGCCCUCAGUGGUUCUGCCCCAAAAGAUCACCUGUCAAUUAAACAGUAGGUAGUAGUCUGUGGAUGUUUGCUGCUCAUGCUCAUCACCCAGCUGUUUAUUCCAACCAAAACAAGAAGGUAACUCUUCUGUCUGCUAGGGCUUCCAGACUCCAGAUGAUCAGAGCAGACAAUGUAAGCGCUUUCAUCAGCAUGUUACAGAUUAAAUAACUAACAUUAACACACUAGUAACUAACAGUGGUGAGCUGUACAUUAAUCAAUCAACACAAACUAGUUCUUACUGCCAACAACCAGGUCUUCAAAGGCUGACUGGCUCAAUCAGUUUUAAAUUGUUUUGGAGGUACAGCACCGCUGAGGACUGAGACAAAAUACACUGAAAAUAUAUCUUAAGUUAUAUAAUCUAUAGUAGUGUUGGCAAAUCGCUCAACAGGGAGAGUUGCGUAGUUCCCUGUGCAGUCUAUGAGAGUUUUAAGCUUUUUCAACAAUUUAAUACAAAGCAGAUUUCAAACAAAUAAUUUGUUUGACAGAUGUUUUGAUGACUGUA